AUGGAGGCCCACAAUGCCAUUGUCGCCAAGGUCGCCGAGCGUGUGCAGCACUUUCACAGCAUCCAGAAGCCGUUCCGCAUCUACCAUGGCUCGACCAACUCCACCCGUCCGUCGCACCGCUCCGUGGACAACACCGUCGACACGUCCAAGCUGAACAAGGUGCUGCAUGUCGACCCUGUCAAACUUACGGCCACGGCAGAGCCGAACGUGCCGCUGGGCGACCUCGUCAAAGCCACGCUCCAGCAUGGCCUGCUGCCGCCUGUCGUGAUGGAGUUCCCGACCAUCACCGUCGGCGGCGGCUUCAGCGGUUCCUCCGGUGAGAGCUCGAGCUUCAAGCACGGCGCGUUCGAGGCCAAUAUCGAGAGCAUCGAGAUUGUCCUGCCCAAUGGCACCAUUGAGCACGCCUCCCGGACCGUCAAGCCAGACCUUCUCUGGGGCGCCGCGUCGGCGUAUGGCACCCUCGGUGUCGUCACCCUCGUGGAGGUGCGCCUCCGCCUGGCCAAGGACUUUGUCGAGCUGCGGUACAUUCACUGCAAGAAGCCAGAGGACUAUGUCCAGGUGAUCGAGGCGGAGAGCGCCAAGCCCGACGUGGAGUUUGUGGAUGGCAUUGUCUACGCUCGGGACUCGACCAUUAUCUGCUCCGGCAAGUUUGCCGAUGCUGUCCCUGAAGGCAAGAAGACGGUUGGGUUCACCAAGCCGAAUGACCCCUGGUUCUACCUCCAUGCCCAGGACCGCGAGCGCAAGCUCAAGGCCGGAUCGCACACCGAGGACGAGCUGGUGGACUACAUCCCCAUCACGGACUACCUCUUCCGCUACAACAGGGCCGGGUUCUGGACCGCGCGCUAUGCCUUUCAGUACUUUGUCACGCCGUUCAACAGGAUCACGCGCAGGGUGCUCGACAAGUUCAUGCAGACAAGCGUCAUGUACCACGCCAUGCACAAGUCGGGCCUGCACGACUUUUACGUCAUCCAGGACGUGGGCGUGCCGUACGCGCGCGCGGCCGAGUUCCACAACUUCCUGGACGACACCUACAAAAUGUAUCCCAUCUGGCUGUGCCCCCUCCGCAUCCGCCGCGACGAGCCCGACUCGGGCCAUGGUCUGCACGCCGAGUUUGCCGACCCGGACACCGAGUCCCAUCUCCUCAACUACGGUGUCUGGGGCCCCGUGCCGGGCGACAGGAAGGAGGUUGUCCGCCUGAACAGGCUGCUGGAGCACAAGGUGCAGGCGUGCGGCGGCAAGAAGUGGCUCUACUCGCACGCGUACUACACCGAGUCCGAGUUCUGGGCGCACUACGACCGCGAGGCGUACGACGCGGUCCGGGAACGCUACGGCGCGGGCCACCUGCCCAGUGUCUACGACAAGACCCACGUCGCCUGGGAGAAGGAGGAAGCGGCGCUGGCCAAGAGGCCGGUGAAGAGGAUCGCGUGGAAGAUCUGGCCGCUCCGGGGCCUCUACGGCGUGUACCACGCGUGGACGGGCAACGACUACCUGCUGUCCAAGAGGAAACAGGAGAACGCGGCCGCGAAGCAGCAAGCGCAGCAGCAGCAACAGCAGCAGCAGACGCGAGACGAGGAGGACCCCCUUGAGGAGCCACAGCGUGUGAGGCCCAUGUCGACAGCAUUUGCGGAAGAUCCCAACAACGAGACGACCCAGACCAGUCAAGACAUCCCUCGCGUUCCUGCGCAGCCCGCUGAAGUCAAAGCGUGA